AUGAAGCUGCUAUCGACGCUCACACUCCUCACGACCACAGCCUCGCUAGCUUCGGCGCUGAAAUUCGAUCUAUUUGCUCAGGGUCCAGGUUCAAGUCAUAGAUGUAUUAGAAACUUUGCGGCCAAGGACACGCUUGUCGUUGUCACCGCUACUAUCGGCGGCAACAAAGGCGACGGGCAGAAAGUUAACAUUCACAUCAGAGACGCUGUCGGCAACGAAUACGGCAAACCUAAGGAUGUCGUUGGUGAAACUCGCAUGGCGUUUACUUCCCACGCCGACGCUGCGUUCGACGUCUGCUUCGAGAAUACCGCCGUAAACUACCACCGUGGAGGCAGCCAACUUUUCCGCGCCGUCGAAUUGGAUGUAGACAUUGGUGCGGAUGCACGUGAUUGGAGUGCCAUUCAGGCUGCUGAGAAGCUAAAGCCCGUCGAAAUCGAAUUGCGAAGAAUCGAAGAAUUGGUCAGCGAGGUUGUCAGUGAGAUGGAGUACUUAAGGACCAGAGAACAAAAGUUGCGAGAUACCAAUGAGAGCACAAAUGAGAGAGUGAAGUGGUUUGCUUUUUUGACCAUCAGCACAUUACUCGGUUUGGGGGCGUGGCAGGUCAUUUACUUGAGGAGUUAUUUCAGGAGCAAGCAUCUUAUCUAA